GCUGAAUUUGGAGUUACCUCUACGAAGGUAACGUAUAAAUGGCCCCUCAGAUGAUUUGUAAACUUGUUGUUAACAUCUUCAAGAAUGUCUGGAGAUCCGAUACGGGAGAUUUCUCAUCAGUUCACUCUGGUGGCAUCUCUGGAAGCCGCCACUCGCACGGAAAGACGGAAUGCUGCAACUAACAUCCUUCUGCAGUUGCGUUCAUCACAAGUCUUGAGUAUCAUUGAUGAGAACACUGAUCUAAAGAAGAAGAAGGCUUUGACAUGGGAUAAUGCUUUCAAGAAUGUUGGAAUAUUUGUUGUGUCUGAGUUGGAUUAUAUUGAGAACCUAAAAACUAUUGAAAAGAGACAAAAGGAAAUUGUAACAUUUGUGCGAGGUUUCUUGAAGAAAGCAGAUGAGCGGGGUCCUCGUUUGAAGGCAGAAGAUGUAGUAUGUCAUUUUAUGAAGAUAUUCAAAGAGCCUAGGUAUGCUAGCCAGAUGGGUCUUGAGUACUGCAAGCAAUUAAAGAACAUUCUGACUGUUCCAUUAUAUCAGCGUGACAUUACCAUGAAGACAUGGAAAGAAUUGAUUCCUACAUUUGUGUCCUUUAUGGAGGAAAAACCUUCUUGGUUGUCAAAUGGACAACUAACAGUGGCACAGAUACUUAAUCUCUUGGUUGAGGGAGCAGCAACCCUUUACACACUGAAGGGAAGCAAACUCUUUAAAUUUUUUGAAAAGAUCUUAAAGGAGAUUUGGUAA